AUGUUGCGUUACGCCUUGAUAGCUCUUCUUCCUCUGGUGAUUUGUCAGCCGGUGCGUCAACACUCAGAGGAGAAUUAUGGUCCUCCGCAGCCAUACGAGUUCAGCUACACAUCUCAAGACCUGGAGGGCUCGCACGGACACUCGCAGCAAGCCGACGCCAGCGGCCGAGUGCAAGGUCACUAUUCAAUUCAGUUGGCCGACGGCCGCACGAGGACCGUUCACUAUACGGCAGACGAGAACGGAUACCGUGCAGAAAUUCAAACGAACGAGAUCGGAACCGAAUCGAAAAGUCCAGCGAACAGAAUCUACGUGUUCGCCGUACUCAUCGGUGUUGCUCUGGCGGGUCAUCAUUUCCGAGCUCAGCAGAGUUACGGAGUGCCUAUGCCCUACCAAUUUAGUUACAACUCACAGGACCGCGAAGGUAGUCACGGUCACAGUCAAACGUCCGACGGGAAACGUGUCCAGGGUCACUAUUACAUCCAGCUAGCCGAUGGACGCCAGAGGAGAGUGGAGUACCAUGCCGAUGAAACUGGCUUCCACGCGAAGAUUGUCACAAACGAGCAAGGUACGGAAUCGAAGGACUCCGCCGACGCCAUGUACCAAUCGACAGCGAUCGGUGGGGAUCACGCCUCCCAGCAGUACGCUUCCGGUUAUAAAUCCCACAGAGCCACACGGAACUACCAGAAAUGGCAGUGA